CUGAGCAGGAAGUGAACUGUAAACAUGGGUUCACAGUAUAGACUGAAUAUAACUGCGCUGCUGCGGUGGACUUUACACUCGAGACAAUGGCUGAAGACAAGAGUACUUGUGGAAAAGGCUUCCAUGAAGGCGCCGUUCACGUGGACGUGAAGGAUUAUUAUGGAAACAAGCUGAAGCAAAGCUCUGACCUGAAGACCAACGCCUGUGUGGCUCCAGCCAAGCCCAUCCCUGCCUUCAUCCGCCAGGCGCUGAAGAAAGUGCACCCUGAAGUCACUGCCAGGUACUAUGGCUGUGGCCUGGUGGUGCCGGAGUGUCUGGAGGACUGUAUCGUCCUGGACCUGGGCAGUGGCAGCGGGAGGGACUGCUACAUGCUGAGCCAGCUGGUGGGCGAGAAGGGCCAUGUCACUGGCAUUGACAUGACUGAGGACCAGCUCAAAGUGGCCAGGACGUAUGUGGACUACCACAUGCAAGAGUUUGGAUACAAGAAGCCCAACAUCAGUUUUGUCAUGGGCUACAUCGAGGCCCUAACAGAGGCGGGUCUAGAGAAGAACUCAUUUGAUAUCAUCAUUUCCAACUGUGUGGUGAAUCUGUCUCCAGACAAGAGGCAAGUCCUGGCUGAAGCCUACAGCAUCCUAAAGGACGGUGGUGAGCUGUAUUUCAGUGACAUCUACAGCAGUGACAGACUGACAGAGGAAAUAAAGAAUCAUAAAGUGCUAUGGGGUGAAUGCCUUGGCGGAGCGCUCUGGUGGAAGGACCUGCUUAGAUUGGCUGAAGAAGUUGGCUUCAGCCCCCCGCGGCUGGUCACAGCCAGUGUCAUCACCGUCGACAACAAAGAUCUAGAGGACAUCCUGGGUAACUUCAAGUUUGUCUCUGCCACAUACCGACUGUUUAAGGUCCCUAAAGGCAACACCAAGCCCAGUCAGGUCAUAUAUAACGGCGGCAUUACUGGAGUAGAGGACAGCUUCCAGUUUGACAGUCAGUACACAUUCAAGGUCGAUGGAGUAGUGGAUGUGGACGGAGAGGUGGCCAGUAUCCUGAAACAUUCCAGAUUUGCAGGGGAUUUCACUAUCCAGCCGUCUGGAGGCCCUGGCGGGUCAUGUGGAGUCAAACCUACGGCAAAAGUGGAGGAUCCUUUCCAGUUGGUUCUUCAGCUGGAGAAACAAGGACCAGGUUCAACCACAGGGGGGUGCUGCAGCACAAAGUCUGCGACCUGCUGCAAAUGAUGAUGGGAAGAGCUCAGCAAAAUGCAGGCCCAGCAUCACACUGUGUGCAUUACAGCUGUGACUGUACUAAAUUCCUUUUUCAUAAUACAUAGUGAAAUAUGUGUAAUUAACUUUGUAAUUAAUUCUACUGAUCUUAUGCUUACUUACUUACUUACAUAUAAACAUAUUCAGAUAAUGUAUAAUUCAAGUUUUAAUCUAAGAAUAAUGUGAUGUGAAUAAAACGACUAUGGCCGUGACAAUA